AUGACGUCCACUUCUGACUUCAACGCGCUUCUUCUGCCCUCCAGCGGAGCGUUGGCCUUGGGCGAGCUGGCCAUACAUCACUUGGUGAGGCAGCCGAUUGAGGGGCAUCCUUAUAACAUGCCCCAGCCAUUGCUGAUGGCCCUCCUGGAUGCCCUGGCUGAGCUCCCAGAGUGGUAUGGGGUGAAGGCCAUGCAGGCUAACUGGAUAGGAGAAUGUUCCGGAUGCUACUUCGACUUCCAACUCAAGGUGGAUGGGCAGGAUGCAGGGGAGACCGUAGCUGGCUACACCCCGAGCCCAGAGGCCGUGUUCGGGGCGGCCUACCUGGCCCUCCUGCCCUCCCACAGGCUGCUGCAUGGGAACAGCCCUCUGCGCCCCCUGCUGGAGCGCCCCCUGCUGGAGGCAGCCCUGCGGCCCGGAGCAGACUGCCUGACAGAGGUCACAGCACACAACCUGUUCACCGGACAGGAAGUACCCCUCAUCAUCUCACACAAGGAGCAGUUUGAUGGCCAUCUAGACACUGUCAUAGGUAUCCCAGACAGUAGCGAGGAGGAUGUGUGUGUAGCUACAGCUCUGGGUUUGCGCUGGCAGCCUGUUCUGAAGAGGCACCAUGACGACACACAGACUCUCAUCAACUCUGCUGAGUACUCAGGUCUCACCAGAGAGAAGGCCUUUGACUCCAUUACCCAGAAGGCCAGAGAGAGGAAAGUGGGAGGCCACCUGACCAGUUCCAAGCUCAGGGAUUGGCUGAUUUCCCGGCAGCGGUACUGGGGCACGCCCAUCCCCAUGGUGCAUUGUGGGAGUUGUGGUCCGGUGCCGGUGCCGGAGGAAGAGCUCCCGGUUGCCCUUCCCAGGCUGGCCUCCCUCUCCGGCAGGGGGGGGUCACCUCUGGAGGGGGCCCAUGACUGGGUCAACUGCCCCUGCCCCAGGUGUAAGGGUCCAGCUCGUAGAGAGACAGACACCAUGGACACAUUUGUGGACUCAGCCUGGUACUACUUCAGAUACACGGACCCACUGAACCAAGACAGUCCGUUCUCUCGUACCCAGGCAGACCGCUGGCUCCCGGUAGACGUGUAUGUGGGGGGGAAGGAGCACGCGGUCAUGCACCUCUACUACGCCCGCUUCCUCAGUCACUUCCUCCAAGACCAGGGCCUGGUGGCACACAGGGAGCCGUUCAGGAAGCUGUUGGUGCAGGGUCUGAUUAAGGGUCAGACUUUCAGACUGGCAGAGACAGGACGCUACCUGAGGAGGGAGGAGCUGGACCUCACAGGGGAGGAGCCGGGGCUGCAGGGUGGGGCUGCUGGCCAGGUGCAGGUGAGCUGGGAGAAGAUGAGUAAGUCGAAGCACAACGGCCUGGACCCUCAGCAGCUGGUGCAGCAGUACGGCAUCGACACGCUUCGCCUCUACAUCCUGUACGCUGCCCCGCCCGAGAACGACAUCCUCUGGGACGUCAAGAAUGACGCCCUCCCUGGAGUUCUGCGCUGGCAGGCUCGUCUGUGGGGGCUGGUGUCCAAGCUUAGGACAGCUCGUCUGCACGGGCCCCACCCUGACCCCUCCCUGCUGGGGCCCAAGGAGCAGCAGGCAGCCAGGAACAUCUGGGAGAACACCAACUACACUGUUCAGCAGGUCACAGGUCACCUUGCGGAGGACUUCCAGGUCAACACCGCCAUCGCCCGGCUCAUGGGGCUGUCCAACACACUGUCUAGUGCGUCGGCUGCUGUGGUGCAGCACAGUGUGGAGUAUGAAGAGGCUCUGGCAGCGCUGGUGGUGAUGGCUGCUCCCAUGGCUCCUCACCUAGCAUCUGAGCUCUGGGCUGGUCUGAGCCAGGUCAGGACGCCCCCCAGCCCUGGUGUGUCCUGGGGGGAGGAGGUGCUGCAGCAGCCCUGGCCCAGCGUGGAUCCCCUCUACUUGGACUCCCCCGACACCAUGGAGCUGGCCGUGAGGAUCAACAACAGACUGUGUGGUACCAUCACGGUGUCCCGCCUCGUAUCCCAGGAUGCCGAGCAGGUGCGUCGGCUGGUUCUGGAGAGCCCCCUCGGACAGCGUCUCCUUGGCAACCGGCCCAUCAAGAGAGCCAUCCUGUCCCCCCGGACGGCCCUCAUCAACUUCCUCCUGGAGGAGUGACACUCUCCAUGCCACGGAUUGACUUCCUGAGACAUUCUUGAGUCAUGGGUUUUUAUACCACAAAGCGGAUAGUUGGACUAAUUUAAUUUUAUGAUGGGAGAGUGAUGAUAAUGUCGUUAUGGUGGAUGUCUAGUUAUAUAAAAUAUAUACUGUC